AUGGCUUCGUUUAACGCCAACGGCUACGUGAUGGCCUCCCGGAUUCCUAUGCGGGAUGUUCAGCCGAUCAACAAUGAGAGGAGUGCCGCGCCUCUGCGAAUCGUCUCUCGUAUUAUUGGAACCAGAGAAACCUGUACCGGCUCGGCUAGCCAGUGUGAGAAGCCAGUUGACCCUUCUACCCUCACACUGCCCAUCACUUUGGGUGUCUCGAUCCCCAUUGUUGGCGCUUUGUUUCUGCUGUUUUACUUCCACCGGAGAAAUGUCAAGAGGCAGAGGCAGGAGGACGCAACUGAUCCCAACCGUGGCCUAGAUUUCGGACUGGGCGAAACCAGCUCCGACAUAGGUGGAAAAGGAAAGCGCAAGAGCACCAUGUUCCGUGAGAAGGGAAUGGGUCUCGACACGAAGCAUCGCCAAUUGUCCAUGGACAUGAACUUGGACAGCCCCUACCUCCUCCCCCCCGGUCUUCAGAGCUCACGUGAGUCUCUGCAUUCUCUCGCGAGGACCCUCCACAGCGAGGCAGACCCCUACCGACCCGUGGCUGGGUACACCGGCAGCGAUGUCGGUUCCAUCCGAUCGUACAAGCCCGAUGGCGCUUCCGUUUACACCAAAUCGACGAGCCGACGGGGUUCCGCCAUGACUGGCCGCACCACCAUGACGCAGAACACGUUGCCUCCUAGGCAAAACUCCCUCCCCAGGCCCCCUCCUGCCACGGCAGACCCCUUUGCCACGCCCAAGUCUAGGUCUGGCUCCCCUGCUCUCGAAAUCAUGACGACAAACUCGCCCGUCGUCUUGUCACCCACGUCUCCGGUCAUUCGAAGCCCCCUCAUCGCCGAGCCCAUCAUUCCCAAGAUCGAAACCAUGCCGUAUCCCGAUGACAGAAACGGUGAUUCUCUUCCUCAGAUUCAAGACGUCCCAGAACCUGCCCCUGUUGCUCUGAAGGGACUUCCAGGCAACCCUCGCCCGCCUGCUAGAAACCCGUCCAUUCCCGAAGCUCAAGAGUUGGAUAGCACUCCGGCAGCGGCCCCUGUUGGCCUUGGUCUUGACGAUAUGAGCUCCUCUGCUCACUUGAACCAUCAAUCACCACCGGCAAGCGGCGCCCUUCCCACCAACCCCCGGGCCCAAAAGGAUGCUGCUCCUUCAACACUCCCAGCCAAUGUUCCAGAGGAAACGAAUGCUUAUGACCGCGACGACCAGGACUAUUACGACUUUGACUUUGAGGACAGAGGCCGACCCCAGAGACGCUCUGUAGAUAUGAACGACAACCGUUUAUCACGUGCACUUGGUGUUCCGGAACAGGAAGCCAAGAGGCUCUCUGUUGGGUUCCGGCCCCUCCCUCCCGAUGAGGUUAUGGAGUCCGAGGACCCUGAAGAACGUGCCAAUAGGAUCAGAUCAUUCUACAAGGAGUAUUUUGACCCUGAUAACCCGCACGCUGGCCAGGCUCCGCCUCCCAUGCCUCAAGGACCUCGCGGACCUGCCAGAGGACCUGCCAGAGGACCUCCCAGCGGACCUCAGUACUACGAAGACUACGACCCCAGCUACAAAGGUCCUGCCGGCGGCGAUGCUUACUUUGACCCUGAGAGCAACUCGUUCGUCAUGCCCUACGCUCAGCCCGUCACUCGUCGUGCGAUGACGCCACCACCCAACGGCUCUCGUUUCCGAGGCCCGCCUCCUCCCCGGGCCAUGCACGGAUCCAUGGGUGGUCGCAUGGCCAGCCCCGGCCCUGGCGGCAGGCGUCCUCCUCCUCGUGCCGGCUCGGUCAUGUCCAGCCGGCUCGGACCUUCUCGUCCAGGUUCCGACAUGUCAAGCCAGUACACUCCUCGACCUGGCUCUUCGGUUUCCAAUAUGACUGCCGGAGGUAGACCUAAGCCCAAGGGACCUCCCCCUGCCGAUUUGACUACCAUGCCCAAUCCCUCCAAGCUCAAGGAUGACUCCUUCUCCAUCCUCAACCCUCUCGACUUCGCCCCCCCCGAGACCUUCUCCUCCCGCGCCCGUGGCCGUUCUCAGAGCCCGGCGGGAGAGAGACGCCCGUAUGCAGCGCCCCAAAUUCCUAUCCACUCCCCAUUGGUCAGCAGUUUCGAAGAUAUGCCUGCCAUGCCCAGCCCUCACUUGUUGCGCAAAUCCGGAACCUUCACUGGUCUCGACUUUGCUCCUCCCCGCAAGUUCAAGGAUGGUGACAACAUGAGCGAUGCCGGUAGCAUUCGCAGCAACCGCAGCGGUAUCUCGGCUGUCCAGCAGGCCGCUCUUCGCAGCGGUGCCGGCAGAGUCAGCCGCUUGCCUGGCGAUAUGGUGUUCACGCCGACGGCCCUCGACGACCAGCUCAAGCCGCAAUGGGGCAUGCGUCCUUAA